AUGGAGGGCCUUGUAGGCCAUCAUAAAGACUUUGUCUUUUACUUUGAGUACAAAGGGAAACUACUGGAGGAUAUUGAACAGAAGAAAAUCCUUGCUGGACCUCCAUAUACUUUGUAUUUUGGUAUUAAAUUCUAUGCUGAAGAUCCAUGUAAACUUAAAGAAGAAAUUACCAGAUAUCAGUUUUUCUUGCAGGUGAAGCAAGAUGUCCUUCAGGGCCGGCUGCCCUGCCCUGUCAACAUUGCUGCUCAGCUGGGAGCUUAUGCCAUCCAGUCUGAACUUGGAGAUUAUGACCCUUAUAAGCAUACUGCAGGAUAUGUGUCAGAAUACAGGUUUGUUCCUGAUCAGAAGGAAGAACUUGAAGAAGCCAUAGAAAGGAUUCAUAAAACUCUAAUGGGUCAGGCUCCUUCUGAAGCUGAGCUGAAUUACUUGAGGACUGUCAAAUCCCUGGAGAUGUAUGGCGUUGACCUCCAUCCCGUCUAUGGAGAAAACAAGUCUGAGUAUUUCUUAGGAUUAACUCCAGUUGGUGUUGUUGUCUACAAGAAUAAAAAGCAAGUGGGGAAGUAUUUCUGGCCUCGGAUUACAAAGGUUCACUUCAAGGAGACUCAAUUUGAACUCAGAGUACUUGGAAAAGAUUGCAAUGAAACCUCAUUCUUUUUUGAAGCUCGAAGUAAAACUGCUUGCAAGCAUCUCUGGAAGUGCAGUGUAGAACAACAUACAUUUUUCAGAAUGCCAGAAAAUGAGUCAAAUUCAUUGUCAAGAAAACUCAGCAAGUUUGGAUCCAUAAGUUACAAGCACCGAUAUAGUGGCAGGACAGCUUUGCAAAUGAGCCGAGAUCUUUCUAUCCAACUUCCCCGGCCUGAUCAGAAUGUGGCAAGAAGUCGAAGCAAGACUUACCCUAAGAGAGUAGCACAAACACAGCCAGCUGGAUCAAACAGCAUAAAUCGGAUAACUGCAAACAUGGAAAAUGGAGAAAAUGAAGGAACAACUAAGAUUAUUGCACCUUCACCAGUAAAAAGUGGACUCUACAACUCGCCCAAUGACCGCACUAAGUCACCAAAGUUUCCCUACGUGCGUCGCCAAAACCCCUCAUGUGGAAGUGAUGACUCUGUGCAGCCGGUGAGGAGAAGGAAAGCCCAUAACAGUGGUGAAGACUCAGAUCUAAAGCAAAGAAGGAGGUCACGCUCACGCUGCAACACAAGCAGUGGCAGUGAAUCGGAGAAUUCUAAUAGAGAACACCGGAAAAAGAGAAACAGAAUACGGCAAGAGAAUGAUAUGGUUGAUUCAGCACCUCAGUGGGAAGCCGUAUUAAGGAGACAAAAGGAAAAAAACCAAGUGGACCCUAACAAUAGGCGAUCCAGACACAGAUCUCGCUCGAGAAGCCCAGACAUCCAAGCAAAAGAAGAGUUAUGGAAACAUAUUCAAAAGGAACUUGUGGAUCCAUCUGGACUGUCAGAAGAACAAUUAAAGGAGAUUCCAUACACUAAAAUAGAGACUCAAGGUGACCCGGUCCGUAUCAGGCAUUCUCACUCACCUAGGAGUUACCGCCAGUACCGCAGGUCACAGUGUUCGGAUGGAGAGCGGUCAGUGCUGUCGGAAGUGAAUUCAAAAACGGACCUUGUACCACCACUUCCGGUGACUCGUUCUUUGGAUGCUCAGGGAUCUGGUGGCUCUACAGUUCAUCAGAAAAGAAACGGGUCUAAAGACAGCCUGAUUGAAGAAAAAUCCCUGGCAUCUCCAAGCAAUCCGGCUGGGAAACACACAGCAAAAACAAUAAAAACUAUCCAAGCUUCUCGCCUCAAGACAGAAACUUGAUCGUAGGGAAGGGCCAGGGACGGGGGUGGGAAGGGUAUGUGUGCCACUGGUACUUUUGAAACUGUGAAUUAGACAAUUAUUCAAAUAUCUUGAACCUGCAAGUGUUUCUUCAGCACAAGAAAAUAUGCAUCUUUUGCUUCUUUUAAAGGUUUAACUACAGCAUAUACUUGUGCUGAAGGGCCUUUUUAUUUUAACUGGAAGGAUAGUUUUGAUGCCACAUUUUCCUUCCUGAAACAGGAUGACCAUUCACAACCAAGACUGGAUACUUCUGAUCAACAUUCUGCAAUUUUGGACUGCAGCUGGCUUGCUGUGCAAUAGUACACCAAGCGGGAGAAUGUUCUCCCCAACUCUAGGCGGUUCUCAGCUAGUGCCCAGAUGUACAAG